AUGUCCAGUGACGCCGAAAACGAGAAUGCUUCAGGUUCUCUGUCCAACCUCGCUGCGGAGGACACCAUUAAAAUAAUGCUUGCUACUGAUAAUCACAUUGGCUAUCUGGAACGCGAUCCAGUUCGCGGUCAGGAUGCUAUAAACACAUUCGAGGAAAUAUUGAAAUUAGCGGCGGAAUACGAGGUAGAUUUAAUUCUCCUUGGAGGGGAUUUGUUUCACGAGAACAAACCAUCCCGCGAGAGUUUGUACCGAACAUGUGCUUUAUUGAGAAAGUACACUAUGGGGGAUAGACCUGUGCAGAUAGAGGUCUUGAGCGACCCUUUUGAGGGUAAAGGCCCAGGAUUUGAUUUCCCUGCUAUCAAUUAUGAGGAUCCGAAUUACAACGUUUCUACUCCAAUAUUCUCUAUACACGGAAAUCAUGAUGACCCACAGGGUUCCGUCUCUGGUACCGAUGGUGCACUUUGUGCAUUGGAUGUUCUGUCCAUCACUGGCCUCCUAAAUUACUUCGGGAAGUCCGAUUUGCCCUCGGACGAUUACGCUCCGAACACAAGGGCACAUGGCCAUGAUGCUGGUGCUAGCUCGUCAUCCGAAGGUCUUCAAAUCAAACCUGUCCUUCUCCGGAAGGGCCGCACUCAUCUAGGUCUCUACGGGGUUGGGAACGUCAAAGAUUCCCGGAUGCACUACGAGUUGAUGAACAAUCGAGUCAAGAUGUGGAAGCCCAAGACUGGGAACUGGUGUAACUUUCUAAUUGUCCACCAGAACCGCGUCAAGCAUUCGAUGGGAAACUACGUCCCAGAGACAUUAUUCGAUGAUUCGAUUAAUCUUGUCAUUUGGGGUCAUGAGCAUGAUUGCAGGAUGAGCCCGGUCCCGGUUUCGGGAAAAUCAUAUCAUAUCACCCAACCAGGCAGCUCCGUAGCCACAAGCUUAACUGAGGGCGAAGCGAUCCACAAGCAUGUUGCGAUCAUUCGUGUGCAUGGAACAGAUUACGAUCUGACGCCGAUCCCGCUGAGGACUGUGCGGCCCUUCAUCUGUGAGGAUCUUGAUUUAGGAGAUGAACUGGAAGACAAGGGGUUAGAUGUGAAUGAUCAGAUGGAAAUAAUGAAAAUCAUCCGGAGUAGAGUGGAAGAAUUGAUCGUCAAAGUGAAGGACCAAUGGGUGAGCGAAUGCAAGGAUAUUUCCCCGAUGAUUAGAAGCAACAAACUACCCGAAAAUGCUACCACUGAUACGCUUGAGGGUAACCUCAUCGGAAUUGUCAAUGUCGACACGACAGAUAUCCCUAAUAUGGGCAAUCCGAACAGAUUUGGGCAGGAGUUUCAUGGUCGAGUGGCGAACAAAGACCCGAUUGUAUAUCAUCAAACGAAAAAACGAGCCCAACGGAAAAUUAAGGCAGAUCAACCCAAACUGUCGAUUGAUGAGGAUCCUGAAAUUGCUACUUUGUCUCUAUCGGAGAAGUUAUCACGGAUCCGGGUUGGUACUCUUGUCCAUGAGUAUCUUUCUGCACAGGAGCUGCAGCUACUCGGAGAGAAUGGUAUGAGUGACGCAGUUCAGAUGUUUGUGGACAAGGAUGAUUCCCACAGCAUUCAGACCUAUGUCUCUAAGGCACUUGACAAGAUGAUAUCAAGCGUAGACGCUGGGGAUGCUUUGGAUGAAAACGAAGUUGCCAAUACGCUUACCAGACUGAAAGAACAGCAUGAAGCCGAAUAUGAAGCAGAGCAAGAAGCAAGACGAGUUAACAGGGGUAAAGGCAAAUCAAAAGCUUCAGCGCCCGCUCCAGACCGUGAUUCUAUGGACGAGGACGAUGAUUUCGGGGAUGCGAUGUCCAUGGACGAAGUCGAGGAUGCGCCGCCUAAAUCAAGGGCAAAAGCCUCCUCAGCUACUGCAAAGAAAUCCGCAGCCAGCUCGACUAGAAAAGCCCCAGCUAAAAAGGCAGCGGCUCAACCCAGAGGGAAAGCGAAGAAGAAACUGUUUGACGAUAGUGACGAAGUUGAGGAAGAUCAACUGGAUGAGAUAGAAGAGGAACAUUGA